CUGAAGUAAUGAUUUUUAGGUUACUUUGGAUCAAUCGUUCUCGUUCCGGAAACAAGGAAAGCUAAAAAAUGUCUAAGAGGAAUCCUGGGGACGAAUAUAGAAAAGGGUCAAGUGUCUACAGAGCAGAGGACACCAGAGGGGACAGCAGAGGAAGGGAUCGUUCACCGCUAAGAUCAGAUGACCACUGUGAAUCUGGCAACUUUGGCCAUGGUGACGUCAAGAAACAGAAACUUGCAUUUGGGUUUGGGAAAAGGCAAACUGGUGCUGAUCAAAAAAAGGGAAUUCAGAUCAAAUUGGGUUCCGUAUCUAACUCUGCCACAAAAACUACUGUAGUACAGAGACCUACAGUGGCAUCUGUAUUUAACGCAGACGAAGAGGAUGAACCAGAAGAAAUGCCAGCAGAAGCCAGAAUGAGAAUGCGAAAUAUUGGAAGAGAAACGCCUACCUCUGCAGGACCAAAUUCAUUUGGGAAAACAAAACAAGGUUUUUGUGACUCAAAAAAGAUUUUUGAGAAAACACUGAAGAAAGCGAUGGAAGAAGCUAAUAAAUGAUUCCUUAUUUAAUCUACUUCUCAACUUUGUUGUUAAUUGUACAUUAAUUUAAUCUGAAUCACAAAAUUUAUUAGAUCUUCUAUAUGAAAUUAUAUAUAACUUGUGUUUUAUUAUGUAAGUAAUGAAAGUAAAAUUAUGUUGUUUUAUUUCUGAAUUCGUUGUCAAGUCGACUUCAAUAAUAUCUAUUAGUAUAAAAAAUUAGUGCUGAAACUAUGUGUUCAAUUUGCUUCUUCACAUCACGGUCACUAUGAUUUUCAAAAAUAAUUGUAUCUCUCUGCUUAUUCAUACUUUACUCUUCUAUUGUGUGUCUACAUGAAAAUAUCCUUGAAGAGCAAUAAAGUGUAUAUUUAUUCUGUAAUUUAUGAAGUAUAGGGCAAAUAAAAUGUGUGGAUUUUUAUUUGA